UGCCGCACCCUCACAAUAAUAGUUUUCCUCUUUCGGGAGUGCACAUAUAAAAUUUGGAAUGCACAAACUCAAAUUUCUUCCCCAUUUACAAACGCCCACCCGCUCCCCACAUUUUCUCCCAAACCCAACACACACCUCUUCCUUCCUUUCCUCCCUUUUUCCUUUCACAUUUUCCACCCAUUUUCACUCAUCUUUUUUUUUUUUUUCUAUUUUUCUGCGCUCCUGUUUUCCGCUCGAGAUUUCUCCUUUACGGUAUGUGAGGGAGUAGAAUAGGGGAGAAAAAAGAUAUUAUAAAGUGGAAUAAAAGGUGAUGGCAAGUCGAGUGGAUCACGAGUAUGAUUACCUGUUCAAGAUCGUGUUGAUCGGUGACUCUGGAGUUGGAAAAUCCAACAUUCUUUCUCGUUUUACCAGAAAUGAGUUCUGUUUGGAGUCCAAAUCAACCAUCGGAGUUGAAUUCGCCACCAGAACUCUUCAGAUAGAAGGUAAGACAGUGAAGGCCCAGAUUUGGGACACUGCUGGCCAAGAAAGGUAUCGAGCAAUCACAAGUGCCUACUACAGAGGGGCUGUUGGUGCACUCCUUGUUUAUGACAUAACUAAGAAGCAAACAUUUGACAAUGUCCAAAGAUGGCUUCGUGAGUUGAGAGAUCAUGCAGAUUCUAACAUUGUCAUCAUGAUGACUGGAAACAAAUCCGAUCUCAACCAUCUGAGAGCAGUUGCCGAGCAGGAUGGUAAAAAUUUGGCAGAGAAGGAAGGGCUCUCAUUUCUUGAGACAUCAGCUCUGGAGGCACUUAAUGUUGAAAGGGCUUUCCAUACUAUAUUGACUGAAAUAUACCACAUCAUUAGCAAGAAAGCAUUGGCAGCACAGGAAGCUGCUGCAGCAACUGUUCUUCCUGGUCAGGGCACUACCAUCAAUGUUAGUGAUUCAUCAGGAACUGUGAAGAGAGGCUGCUGUUCUAAUUAGUUAAAUUUAAACUCCCAGGGAAGAUAUCAACAUUGAUAGCAACCCAAAACUUUUGCUCUAUUUACUCUUUUUAUAUGUUUCCUUUUUCCAGAGAAAGAGAGUCUUGUAGAAUACUUUCUUAAUUCAGUGUGACAGUAAAAAUGCUGGGAAAGCUCUGCAAUCAUUUAUUAGGUUCUAGGGUACAUGCUCUGUAAGAAUGAUGGGGUAUUGUUCGUUUUGUUUUCUCAAAAGUGACUGAUACUGCUGAUGUUUGCUGUUGUUGUAAGGUAGUAGUAUCCUUGUUCGGAUUCUGUUUCUGGUAUACGCUUUUUCUACCAAUAAAGAGCCAUGUUAAUCUUUUUUCCA